AACACACUCUCUCUUUCUCUCUCAGAGUUUUAGUGGAAAUUAGCAGUUCUGCGUCAGGAGGAGCGUCAAAACACUUGUAACGGACGGGCAGGUUCAUUUUAAACAACAUUGUUUCACUUUUAAGCUUUUCCACGCUGCUCUUAUUUUUCACCUGUCGAUGAUGAAAAACUGAUGACCCCUUAGGCCUUUCUCAUGUUGGAGGCUAGCUGUUCACUCUGAAGGCACAGGAUGAAAAGAUGGCACAGCUGCUUGUACCACCAGGUCCAGACAGCUUCCGCCCCUUUAGUCGUGAGUACCUCAAAGUAAUCGAGAAACGUAUCACAGAGGAGAACGCCAAGAAACCAAAGAAAGAGAAGAAAAAACGCAACGAUGAGAAUGACAUCAAGCCCAACCGUGACCUGGAAGCGGGCAAAUCACUCCCUCUCCUGUAUGGGGACACUCCUAAAGGCAUGGUGUCGACACCGCUGGAGGACCUGGAUCCAUACUACAUGAAUCAUAAAACUUUCAUAGUAUUAAACAGAGGAAAUUGUCUCUUCCGCUUCAACGCCGAUUCUGCCUUGUACCUCCUGAGUCCUUUCAACCCUAUUAGAAGAAUAUCAAUUUGGAUUUUGGUACAUUCGUUAUUUAAUAUCGUGAUCAUGUGCACUAUCCUCGCCAACUGUGCAUAUAUGACACGGAGCCAUCUGCCUGAGUGGGCAAAGAAUGUAGAAUACACAUUUACUGCAAUCUAUACACUUGAAUCCCUCAUAAAAAUCUUAGCCCGAGGGUUCUGUAUUGGGAAGUUCACGUUUCUAAGAGAUCCCUGGAACUGGCUGGAUUUUAGUGUCAUUGUGUUGGCGUAUGUAACAGAGGUUGUAACCCUAGGCAACUUUUCAGCUCUUCGCACAUUCAGAGUGCUGAGAGCAUUUAAAGCUAUUUCGGUAAUCCCAGGCCUGAAAACCAUUGUUGGUGCAUUGUUCCAGUCAGUGAAGAAGCUCGCCAAUGUGAUGAUUCUCACCGUCUUCUGCUUGAGCGUCUUCGCCCUCGUAGGACUACAACUGUUUAUGGGCAAUUUAAAACACAAGUGUGUCCGGGACUAUAAUGUUACAUUAUAUAAUAAGACCAAUAUGACUGAAACAGAGUAUGGCAGUUUCUCAGAGGCUGAUUACCUGCGAGAUAAGCGUUUUUACUAUAUCCUUCCAGGUAAAAAAGAUGCAUUGCUUUGUGGAUUUAGCAGUGCAGCUGGGCACUGCCCAGAGGGGUUCCAUUGCGCAAAAGCAGGAAGCAAUCCAGACUAUAAUUACACCAGUUUUGACUCCUUUGGUUGGGCCUUUCUCUCUCUGUUUAGACUGAUGACACAGGAUUACUGGGAGACUCUUUACCAGCAGACAUUGCGAGCAGCUGGGAAGCCCUACAUGUUCUUUUUUGUGCUGGUGAUUUUCCUCGGUUCCUUUUAUCUGAUCAACCUGAUCUUGGCUGUAGUAGCUGUGGCCUACGAGGAGCAGAGCCAAGCCACCAUAAAGGAGGCGAAGGAGAAGGAGGCAGUUAAUGCCAUGAUAGAGCAGCUGAAACGGCAGCAAGAGGAUGCUCAGGCAGCAGCAACUGCAGAGGCUGCAGAGAGAGGCGAGGCCAGUGAUAAACCCAGUGGCCCGGAGAGCUCUUCUGACUCUAAGCUCAGCUCAAAAAGCGCCAAAGAGAGACGCAACAGAAGGGAAAAAAGGCAGGAUGAUGGCAAAGGGGAUGACAAGAAGGUCUCUAAAUCCGAGUCGCAGGACAGUAUUAAGAAAGGUCGCUGCCGCUUCUCUGUGGAUGCAAACCAGCUUAACUAUGACAUGAAAUGCUCACCCACGCAUCAGUCCUUUCUGAGUUUUCGUGGACCCAUGUUCUCAUCCAGACGGAAUGUAGGGACCAGCAUUGUCAGUUUCCGAAGCCAAGCGCAGGACGUGAGCUCAGAAAAUGAAUUUGCUGAUGACGAUGAACAAGUGGCUCAUUUGUUUAUUCCCCGGACUAGUGAUCCGACGCAGCAGCAGUAUGACCAAUGCAGCUUCUUGUCACAUCUCCUACUUCCACCAAAUGGGAUCAAGCAGCUCGUAGACUGCAAUGGGGUUGUGUCUCUGUGGGGUGGGAAUUCACACCCACUGUCACCUGUGGAGCUACUUCUGCCCAAAGCUGACACCACUGACACAGAAUACAGACCGGGUGGAGGAGCAGACCAUGAGUGUAUUGACUUCCUUGAGGGCCCAGAGGCUAGACAGAGAGCUCUCAGUACAGCCAGUGUCAUAACUAGCACAGUGGAAGAGCUUGAAGAGUUGAGGCAGAAGUGUCCUCCUUGGUGGUACAAUUUUGCCAACACUUUCCUCAUCUGGGAGUGUUGUCCGAGAUGGUUGAGGAUCAAGAGGAAGGUUAAACUAGUUGUGAUGGACCCCUUCACGGACCUAACCAUCACCAUCUGCAUUGUGCUCAACACAUUGUUUAUGGCCAUGGAGCAUUAUCCAAUGCUUCCCAAUUUCAUCAAAAUGCUGUCUGUGGGGAAAUUUGCAUCUUCAACGGCAGAAAUGGUCUUCAAGAGCAUUGCUAUGGACCCAUACUAUUACUUCCAGGAGAAAUGGAAUAUUUUUGAUUCAAUCAUUGUCAGUUUGAGCUUGAUGGAGCUGGGCUUGGAAAACGUGAAUGGCAUGUCUAUUCUGAGAUCAUUCAGAUUGAUGAGAGUAUUCAAGUUGGCUAAAUCAUGGCCCACUCUUAACACACUAAAUCAAGAUAAUUGGCAAUUCAGUGGGGCUUUGGGCAAUCUGACGCUGGUGCUGGCCAUUAUCGUCUAUUUUGCAGUUGUGGGCAUGCAACUGUUUGGAAAACAAUACAAGGUGGUGUGUGUAAAUAUCUCUGAAAACUGCAUUCUGCCCCGUUGGCACAUGAACGACUUCUUCCAUUCAUUUCUCAUUGUGUUCCGAGUGCUUUGUGGAGAGUGGAUAGAAACCAUUGGGACUGUAUGGAGGUGGCUGGGACAACCCAAGUGCAUCAUUGUCUACAUGAUGGUCUUGGUUAUUGGAAACCUUGUGUUGCUGAAUCUGUUCCUGGCCCGCUGCUGAGUUCAUUCAGUUCUGGAUAACCUCGCGGGGGUAGACGACGACACGGACAUGAACAAGUUGCAGGUUGCCAUUGGAAGGAUUCACAAUGGCAUUGCCUUCGUCAAGUCCCUGCUUCGAAGCAGCUGCAAUAGUGUCUGUCUCAGGAGGAAGAAGAAAAGGAAGGGUGAAGACAAAACCCUGAGAUGAGCUCCCACAAACCUUUAGGGCCAAAUGGUGUCCCCCAACCAUACCAUCAAAGACUUUUCUAAGAAUGGAAAUGGAGAUGUGACCGGAGUGGACAAAAAUGGAGACAAGUACAUAGUCAGUGCAAGAGUGAAUGAUUCCAUUAUGUCUUUCAUUCACAACCCUAGUCUGACUGUCACUGUUCCUAUUGCUCUGGAGAAGUCAGACUUUGAAAACCUCAACACAGAGGAGUUCAGCAGUCUCUCAUCUGAUAUAGUAGGCUGCACUGAGGUAAGGAUAUGAUGACCCAGGUCAGCUCCUCGAGGGGGAGUAACAAUAGACGGUUUGCCAGGCGGGGAGGGAGUAGAGUCUGUGGACUUUGAAUCUGAGAGAAUUUUGCCUGAACCUGAUGCCUGCUUUACUCAGGGUGUGGUGCGAAAGUACCAGUGUUGUCAAGUAAAAGUGGAAGUGGGCUGGUGGAAGGUGUGGUGGACGCUUAGAAAGACUUGUUUCCUCCGGAUCGUGGAGCACAACUGGUUUGAGAGCUUCAUCAUGUUCAUGUCCUGCUCAGCAGCAUUUGAGGACAUCUACAUUGAGCAGAGGAAGACCAUUAAAACGGUUUGGAAGUUUGCGGACAAAAUCUUCACCUACAUCUUCAUUCUGGAGAUGUUACUGAAGUGGGUGGCCUAUGGAUAUGCCAAGUAUUUUACAAAUGCCUGGUGCUGGCUAGACUUCCUCAUUGUCAAUGUCUCAGUGGUCAGUAUGGUAGCCAAUGCCAUGGGAUAUUCUGAACUUGGUGCCAUCAAGUCUCUGAGAACCCUUCGAGCUCUGAGGCCACUGAGAGCCCUGUCUCGGUUUGACGGCAUGAGGGUGGUGGUCAAUGCCCUGCUUGGAGCAAUUCCUUCCAUCUUCAAUGUGCUGCUGGUUUGUCUCAUCUUCUGGCUCAUCUUCAGCAUCAUGGGAGUAAACUUAUUUGCGGGGAAGUUCGGCUAUUGUGUCAACAAAACCACAAAUGAAGAGUUCCCUAUAUCAAAGGUGGCAAACAAGUCAGACUGUGACGACAUGAACGAUGCUCGUUGGAAGAUCCACAAAGUCAACUUCGACAAUGUUGGAAUGGGAUACCUUGCAUUGCUGGCAAGUGGUAAGUAACUGAUCAUAGAAAAAAUAGCUACAUGUCAAGGGAGCUGGAUGGAAAUCAUGUAUGCUGCUGUGGACUCUCGAAGCAAGGAUGAACAACCAGAUUAUGAGUACAAGCCUGAACAUGUACUGUUUUUUGUUGUUUUCAUCAUAUUUGGAGCCUUCUUCGCUCUCAAUCUCUUCAUUGGUGUCAUCAUAGACAACUUCAAUCAGCAAAAGAAAAAGAUAACCAUCUUCAUGACUGAAGAACAGAAGAAAUACUACUACAAUGCCAUGAAAAAGCUGGGGUCAAAGAACCACAAAAAGCCUAUUCCUAGACCAUCAUUUUGUCCACUUUAUGUCUAUUUCAGAACCAAAUCAGGAUAUGUCUUUGACUUCACCAAACAAGCAUUCGUAUUUUAAUAAAUGGUUCUAAUAUGGCUUAAUAUGGUAACCAUGAUUGUAGAAACUGAAGACCAGUCAAGAAGACAAAAAAACUAGUUUCUUUACUGGAUCAAUCUAAUAGUCGUUUAUCUUUUACUGGAGAGUGGUUUGUUGAAGAUGAGCGCGCUUCGCCAAUACUACUUCACAAAUGGUUGGAAUGUAUUUGACUUCAUCAUCGUCGUCAUCCUGUCAAUCAUCGGAAUGUGUCUCUCGGAACUGAUAGAGAGUAUUUGUUUCGCAACCUUGUUCAGAGUCAUCCUGGCUCGGAUUGGCCGUGUGCUCCGCCUUAUUAAAAGUGCCAAAGGAAUUCGCACACUCUUGUUGCCUUAGAUGAUGUCACUUCCUGCCUUGUUCAACAUUGGUCUCUUGCUCUUUUUGGUGAUGUUUAUCUAUGCUAUCUUCGGCAUGUCAACUUCGCUUACGUCAAGAAGGAAGCAGGCCAUUGAUGACCUUUUCAAUUUUGAGACAUUUGCCAACAGCAUGAUCUGUUUGUUCCAGAUCACCACCUCAGCAGGGUGGGAUGGCCUUCUUGCGCCCAUUCUCAACAACAUGAAGAUGAUUGUACAUUCCACAGAGCAUCCUGGCAGUGAUAUUAAGGGAGACUGUGGAAAUCCCCCUGUGGGGCAUCGCCUUCUUUGUGAGCUACUCAUCAUCUGUUUCCUGGUUGUGAUAAAUAUGUACAUUGCUGUUAUACUGGAAAAACUUCGUGUGGCCACUGAGGAGAGCGCCGACCCACUAAGUGAGGAUGAUUUUGAACGUUAUUACGAGGUCUGGGAAAGGUUUGAUCCUCAUGCAACACAGUUCAUGGAGUACAAAAAGCUUUCAGAAUUUGCAGAUGCUCUGGACCCACCGUUACGUAUACCCUGCGCUAACAAGAUGGUACUGAUCUCUAUGGAUCUACCCAUGGUGAAUGGUGAACGCAUUCACUGCCUGGACAUUCUGUUUGCAUUCACAAAACGUGUUCUUGGUGAAGGUGGGGAGAUGGACAUCCUAAAGGGGGCAGAGGAGGAGCGCUUCAUGGCCUCCAAUCCUUCCAAAGUUUCCUAUGAACCAAUCACUACCAACCUCCGUCGCAAAAGGAGGACAACAUCAGCCGUGUCAAUCCAGAGAGCAUACAGAAAUUAUGGCAAGGAGCCGUGUUUUCAUGAAGCCCUCAAACGAAUCUGGUGUAACAUUCAAAGGGAUGGAACACACCAUUGACAAAGAGGAUGUGUUGUCACCGACAAACUCGCAAGACAUUUCUAAGCGCCGAAUAAAAGUGAACUGACACCUUCAGCAGCGCCCUUCAGCCUUCAUGUAACAAGUGUGACUUCAAAUGGAAGACACAAAUAUGAAAAAGAACAAAAGUGAAAAGGAGGUUGAGGGCAAAGCAUGUCAGAGAAGCAAUAGUGAAGGAAUUCUGGAGGAUGCCAACAAAAGACAUUUUAAUUAAGGACAAACAUGUUUACAAACUUUGAAAGACCUCCAUUGGACUCCCUCUUUUAAAAGAUAACUAUAUGCCAAACCGACCAUGCUUACUUGAGUCUAAAGUUUGGUGGCUCAUUUAGGCUUUAGUGGGACCAAUUGGCCGUGUUCUAGGUGCAAAGGAUGCCUUUGGCUAAGUGUUCAGAAAGACACAUUAGUUCAUGCUUUGACUUUAUUAUAUUGCAGUUCUACUAUCCAGUGUCUUGAAUUAUUGUUAUAUCACUGAAAGUUGUAUUACUUACAUGUAACUAUCUUUUUUUUCAAGCAGGAAAAACAUAUUAUAACGGCUCUUAUUAUUUUAGAUGUAAUGGUUUGCUUUGUUGACUUUUUAUAAAUGUUUUUACUUUUCAAAAGGGGUUGUUCUUUCAGGGGCAAUAAGGCUAGCCUUGCUUGCUGAUACCACCACUGGAAAUCCAAGACACAAAGUCAGAUUCGCUGCAUUUGACUAGAAAUGUAGACCUGCAUGAAUGUUUCUCCAUCAGUGUAGCACACUAUUUCCAUCGUGUUAUAUCCACGUCAAUCAUGCUUGAUGCAAUGCAAAUGGAUUUUUUUAUUUGUGAGUUAAGCCUACAGUCCAAACAACUCCAGCCCUGUGCAUCAAUGGUGUUUAUCAGAGUCCAAGCCAUGACGCAUGGCAGGAAUAUUUUGCACAUUCAUAUUUAUUUAAUCAUCAUUCAAAUACUUAAUCUCAGCCGGCUAUAUGCUAGCGAUGUACCAUUUAAAAUGUUACUAGUAUAAACAGAUUGUAUCAAAAAACAAUGUUUGCUUUUUUAAGGCAAAAAAUAUAACAAGCAUUUGCUGUGUACACACUCUAAAUGACCCUCUGUAUGAAUGACCUUGCUGAACCACAACUCUCUGACAGUUUGCUCCAUGACGAGUUUAUCUGUGAUCAUGUCUAUUUGUAGGACAGCUGCAUCAUUUCAAAUAUUCUCCUUCAUGUGUCUUCCAUUUCCUCGUUGUGUCUCCUUUCUUUCCUAGUUGUUUUUUUACAAUGGACCUUGAUGUAAUGGUUAUAAUGUAUGGAAUGUAUUGAAGAACUACUAUUUAUCACCUGUGAUAUGAAACCAAAUGUUCUCCAUGAUCUGCUGUAUUUUAGCAGACAGGCAAGCUGCACCUUUAGCAGGGGGAAAAGGUCAAAGGAAACUGUUAAAUGAACACUAAUUAUUCCUCAAAUAAUUACAAAGCCAUGUUUUUAAAUCAUGUUGAUGUUCUAUGACUUUGCUGUUUAAGGUUAACUUUAUUUUUCAACCUUUAACUUCAUUUUAUUAUUUAUUAAUAUUGUAUGUUUUUGUAUUAUUUUUUAAACUGUUUUUUCACAGUUUACCUCUCAAUCUUUAUCAUGAUAAAUAUCAGUUGGAUGAAAGACGGCUAAGAAUAUUCUGAAUGAUUGUCUCAAGGACAUUACAUUGUAUGGUUGCAGUUGUACUUCCCAGGCCAUGACAACUACCCUGGACUUUGUCACAACUUCAUCUCAUGUUGUAAAAGUAUAUUUCCAUUAAUAUAAGUAUAUUUUGCAUGUUAUUAAAACAUUCAAUACUUACAAUAUACUUUAUGCAUAACGAAAGAAUGUUUUGAUUACAUAAAAUGUAACAUCUCCCAUCAUGCAUAAUGCUUGUAGUGUAUAAAUAAAUGCAUGCAAGACACUGCUAUAACCCAUUUAACUGAAAUGCCAAAAAUAAUAAAGAUUACAUGUACCUCAA